GGUUGUAUCCUUGUACAGCCAUGACAACCGCCAUCCUGCAGCGCCUAAGCACCCUGUCGGUGAGCGGGCAGCAUCUGCGCCGCCUGCCCAAGAUCCUGGAGGACGGGCUGCCCAAGAUGCCUGGCACUGUGCCCGAGACCGACGUGCCCCAGCUCUUCCGGGAGCCUUACAUCCGCGCCGGGUACCGCCCCAUCGGCCACGAGUGGCGUUACUACUUCUUCAGCCUCUUUCAGAAACACAACGAGGUGGUCAACGUGUGGACCCACCUGCUGGCGGCCCUGGCCGUCCUCCUGCGGUUCUGGGCCUUCGUGGAGACCGAGGGCCUGCCCUGGACCUCUGCUCACACCCUGCCCCUGCUCCUCUACGUCCUGUCCUCCAUCACUUACCUCACCUUCAGCCUGCUGGCCCACCUGCUGCAGUCCAAGUCCGAGCUCUCCCACUACACCUUCUACUUCGUGGACUACGUGGGCGUGAGCGUGUACCAGUACGGCAGCGCCCUGGUCCACUUCUUCUACGCCUCCGACCAGGCCUGGUACGAGCGCUUCUGGCUCUUCUUCCUGCCCGCGGCCGCCUUCUGCGGCUGGUUAUCUUGCACCGGCUGCUGCUACGCCAAGUACCGUUACCGCCGGCCCUACCCGGUCAUGAGGAAGGUCUGCCAAGUGGUGCCCGCGGGGCUGGCCUUCAUCCUGGACAUCAGCCCCGUGGCGCACCGCGUGGCCCUGUGCCACCUGUCUGGCUGCCAGGAGCAGGCCGCGUGGUACCACACCCUCCAGAUCGUCUUCUUUCUGGUCAGCGCCUACUUCUUCUCCUGCCCAGUUCCGGAGAAGUACUUUCCCGGUUCCUGUGACAUCGUGGGCCACGGCCAUCAGAUCUUCCACGCCUUUCUGUCCAUCUGCACACUCUCUCAGCUGGAGGCCAUCCUCUUGGACUACAAGGGGCGACAGGAGAUCUUCCUGCACCGUCACAGUCCCCUGUCCAUCUACGCCGCCUGCCUCUCCUUCUUCUUCCUGGUGGCCUGCAGCGGGGCCACUGCAGCCCUCCUGCGGGAAAAAAUCAAGGCCAGACUGAGCAAGAAGGAUUCCUGAGGCCAGAGGGUGGGGCGAGGUGUGGAGGCAAAUAGGAGUUGACUUUUCGUUUUUAAAAGCAGGCUUUUAAAUAGGUACAUAUUUCCAAGGAUGGCUAUGGCUCGCGAAGAGUUUUAUUGUUAUGGUUGUUAAUGAAAGGAGCAUUCCUUUUCCUUCGGGGCCAUAGCCUUCCCAGACAGGAAGGGAAGGGACCUUGGCAAAGAUUCAGCAGACACUAAAUUAAGAACCAUCUACAUGCCUGAAAAUUCAGUGGACUUCUGACUGCAACCUCCAGGAGCAAACCCCAGACCAAAGGGGUCAUUCACUUGGACUGGAAAGUGAGGUGGCUGGACCACCCUUGAAAUGGGCAUUCAACUGUGAUGCGGCUCUUGAGUGAUUAGCUACAUUGACUCAAGGACCCGAAUUCAUUUGGAUUUCAGAUUUUCAGAUUGGUGGAGAAGUCGGACUCUUCAGGAAGAUUCAGUGAAACCCAUAGACGUAAUGAAUGACUCCAUUCCCCUGACUUUUGUCCCCUUCUCUGACCCACUCCAGCACUGACCCUUUUCUCAGGAUGAUGUCUGCUGGGCAGUUGUCUCCGCAGUGCUGUUCGCUCCCACCUGUACCUUGUAUGGUGAUGUCAAGGACAGCGGAGCAGCCAUCCUUCCAGGAAUCACUCGGAUCCACACGAACCUUCAGGAAGUUUACUCGCAUCUGAUACUAAUGUACGUGGUACUGGAGACUGCAGUGCCAAGAGCCACCGGGGGGCCCCGCCAGCAAGCAUGGAUACCAUUUGGAGCCAUGGGACCCUUCCAUUUUCUACCUGUGCAUUGCAGGAUUACUCGAGAUCUCUCUUAGGGCUGCCUUACCUGCUAGAAGAUCCAGAGCUUUCUCCAGAGGAUCUUCUCCAGAUUUUGACCAGCAUGUUCAAAAGUGAAUUGGUUCUAAGAUUCCCACUAGGGAUCUGCUGAUUUUAAGAGGAACCCGAGGUCCAGCCUCUUAAAUAGAUGCUGCCCCAUGAAGGACUCACAGAACUAGCCUAGUUCAGGGUCCUUAGGGAGACAGUUGUACCUCAGCUUAGAGCAGCUUAACUUCAGCAUGAGUGUGUGCUCAUGGUGGGUUGGUCCCCGAAGGCUCCCGUUGGCUGAGGAUGGUGGACCAGGGGCUCCUGCAGGCAGAAUGUUCUGUUUAAUGAUGGGGCUGCCCAGCAGCUUCCAUGGGAUAGAAGGGGACCUGCGGCUGAUGUGCUCUGGCCACAAAGCUUUCCCUGAGGACUGCCUUCCGCGCUGAUCCAGUGAAGGGGGCUCUGGUGACACCAGGUCUGUGGGAACCCCACCACCAUCACCAUGGGCUGCAUUUCCUCUCAGUAUAAGGUCUCUGUUUACUGAAAAGGAAAGUGGUUUCCACUGCAGUUUGAUGAACCUCCUCUAUUACUACAUUACUCUGUUGUCUUUACAUCUUUGUUUUCUUCCUUUCUGUUGAGAGAUGUGUGGGGUUUAUGCCCUAUAAAUGGAAACAUAUGAACACUUAAUCCAUGGCCAUGUGGAAUUUUUGGGGUUAUUGGGAU